AUGCUCAUAUCUUUCAGAACUUGGAGAAGAACUAAUCGCUUUGAAUUGAAGAUGUUGGCUAUGGACGGAACGGCGAUAACUUAUAAGGUAAGACUUCUUAAUUAAUCACCGUCAUCCUUUGUUGACUUUAGUCUGUGAAUUUGGACAAUGCUGAGAAUGUUGACGAUGAAGGACAUCAGCUGGUGGUAGAGUACAAAGAGACUGUCGAACUUUUUCGAUGCUUCUUCCGCGAAUUUUUCAUCGAAAGUUUUGGAAUGCACUACAGGUAGCUUUUAAAGCAUGUCUGAUUUUUGUUUAGAGAUCGGCUGAAACAGAAUUACACCUUGAAUAAGUUUAUGGUUGACGUAAAUUUCGAUGACCUCAAGACUUUCAACGAAGAAUUGGCUUUAAAGCUGCAGAAUCAGCCCAGUAAAUAUCAGGCCCCGGUGAGUUUUGCUGUGAUAACUUCUGAAAGAUUUUUUUAAUAAACUUUUUAGUUGGAAGCAGCAGCUAAGGACGUAGUGGACACAUUGACACAUCCCCGCUCUGCUGGCCAUGAGGUCAUUGCGGAUAUUCAGGUUGUCUUAAACAUGAAUGGAGCCCCUACAAGUAUUCGAAAAAUUAAAUCUUCGGAUGUUUCGCACAUUAUCAAGGUCUCGGGUAUUGUAAUUGCUGCAUCUCAAGUCCGUUCUCGUGCUGUGAAAGUGAAUUUGCAAUGCCGAACUUGCAAUCAUAUAAUAAGCGACAUCAAGGUUGAAAGAGGUCUUGAAGGGUUCCAACUUCCUCGAACUUGCCGAGGAUCUCAAGGAGGCGUAACUCAGAGAUGUCCAAUGGAUCCUUAUCAUAUCCUCCCUGACAGAAGUGUCUGCGUCGACUAUCAAACUCUCAAGCUACAAGAAAAUCCCGAAGAUGUGCCUCAGGGAGAAAUGCCCAGACAUAUGCAGCUAUACGUUGACAGGUAUUUGACUGAUAUUGUGACUCCUGGUAAUCGAAUCGAGGUCACUGGUAUCUUCUCUAUCAAAAAGUUGUUUAACAAACAGGUAGUGGAUGUAAUGUGAGACAAUAAUCCUGUUUUAGGGACAAAAAGGAGUCGACAAAACAAUGUCUUUAAUCCGAACGCCCUAUCUUCGAGUUUUGGGAAUCCAAGUUCAAAAUAAAGGUCCUGGUCGAAGCGACAAACCAGUCUUCACACCAGAAGAAGAACGGGAAUUUCAGUAAGUUUCCGGGGUUUUCAAAUACAGGGUGUGCCAUCUUUAUGGACCGAUUUGAUUUGGCUAUAACUUCUUUAUUUUGCUACCAAUUUUGAAGAUUCUUCUUUUUUUUAAAUGAAUCCUCAGAGUCUCCCAUUUUGUUUAAUGCCAAACAGGAUAUACAGGGUGUCCAGAGAAAUGUGCCGGAAAGUUUUUGUCGAUUUCUUGGCGCUCAAUAAAGAUAUCCGAAAAAUUCUUUUUGCAGGAUAAAGAAGAAUUUGGGCGGUUUUUUGUCCGAAAGAAUCAUUUUUUCCGCCAGCGCGGAAAGUAGUGUAUUCGGCGGAGACUUUUGAUCGCUUUUUCGGCCAUCACACCAAUGUUAAACGCUUUAUUAUGAUGCUGAAACUUCCGUAAAGUCUUCAAAUUUUUGACGCAAUAAAUCACACAGACAGCGACAUCGCAAUGCGAUCCCAUAUAGCGACUGCACGGUGCAGCCUCUCGCUGCAACACCAAUAAAGUCCGAGUGUACCGUGCGGAGGUUUGAAACAGCAAGGCAAAAGGAAAUUUGAACAAAAAAUAUUUUGUUGUUUUCUGCCGCACCAAGUGGUUUUCCGAUGGCUUAGCUUCUGCCAAAGCUUGGUGACAAAAUUUUCGAAGGCAUACGAAGCCAGCAGGGUGUUCUAGCCAGGCCAUAAAAAUUGUGUUGGACCAUGUCUUGUCCGCAGCUGAGUUAUGGCCUCCGCCGAUUCGGCGAGCGUCCGCCACACCUUCGCCGAACACUUGGUAAACAUGAAAAUAUGCAAAUAUCUUUGUUUCAACCAUCGAAGUUCAUAAUAAAGCGUUUAAAGUUGGUGCGAUGAUCAAAAAAGCGAUCAAAAGUCUCCGCCGAAUACACUGCCUUCCGCGCUGGCGGAGAAAAUGAUUCUUUUGCACAAAAAACCGCCCAAAUUCUUCUUUAUCCUGCAAAAAGAAUUUUUCGGAUAUCUUGAUUGAGCGCCAAGAAAUCGACAAAAACUUUCCGGCACAUUUCUCUGGACACCCUGUACAGGGUGGGCCACUCGAAACUAAUAUGAUGUUUCUUUGAAUUUCCCCAGGGAGACUCCGCCGAUUUUUCUAAAAUUUAGAUAUUUCUGUAGCUUAGACCCGCCAUCUUCAACCGACUGAAAAAAAAAAUUUGAAUUGACCUUUCCAUGCCUUCCCAAAAUUUCGAAAAAAUAUUUUCAUGCCGGAACCGCUAAAGCUUAGAAAAUUUUUGGAAUGGUUUUGAAAACUUGGUCACUUUUCCGAGUUAAAUUUUCUUUGUUUUUCCUCAGAUAGUUAACAAAGCCAGAAGUGCCUGAUCGUCGAAAUCCGAUGGUCGACCUCUUCCUAGCUUUUCUUGCAAGCUGGUGUCAUCUGAUUUGAAGCGGGCAAACCACUCCAUACACGUCCAAAUUGAAAGGAUUUCGACGUGUUUGAAUUUUUCCUUUUGGCGGGAGUAAGGACAUUAGAAAAUGAAUUUUUUUGACCAGAUUUUAGCCAUAAUUUUCGAAAUUUUUUAUCCCGCCUCUAGCUUAUUGGAAAAUCUCACCUGUUUGGGGCCAAGCAUUUACCCUAACUUUGCGGAUUUUCAAAAUUUUCAUAUCUGUGCCCUCCGGGUUUCACCCUUAGCAGUGAUUUUUUCCCACUUUUUUGGAUUCCAAACUAUUCCACGCAAGAUUCUAAAGCUUCUGAACCCAGGUUUGCCACAACUAUCUUCCACCGUUCACGAGAACGCUGAUUUUUGGGAUUUUUUUUUUGUUCUUCACGACAAAGAUGGCAAUAUUUUUGUGCUACUGCCACAUAUGUGGUAUUACACAAAACGGGGGGUUCAAAAAAAAAAAGAAUCUUCAAAAUUGGCAGAAAAAUUAAAAGUUAUGGCCAGUUCAAAUCGGGCCACAAAGAUGGCACACCCUGUAAGUACUAAUAACAUUUUGUUCUUAUUUUAAUUUAGAGAAUUUGCAAAACAAGGGGAUAUCUAUAAGAAGAUCUCGAAGAGCAUUGCUCCAUCUAUCUUUGGAUCAGACGACAUUAAAGCGGCAAUUGCUUGUAUGUUGUUUGGAGGAUCGAGAAAACGUUUGCCCGACGGGUUGACUAGGAGAGGAGAUAUUAACGUUCUUUUGUUGGGAGAUCCAGGAACGGCCAAGUCUCAGUUGUUAAAGUUUGUUGAGAAAGUUUCUCCUAUCGCAGUGUACACGUCGGGAAAGGGCAGUAGUGCUGCUGGACUUACUGCUUCAGUCAUGAGAGAUCAGCAUUCGGUAAGCAGCGAAAUGUAUUAAGACAAUCGUUUUUAGAGAAGUUUUAUUUUGGAAGGUGGGGCCAUGGUUUUGGCUGACGGCGGAGUUGUAUGUAUUGAUGAGUUUGACAAAAUGAGAGAAGAUGACCGAGUCGCAAUCCACGAGGCUAUGGAACAGCAAACCAUCUCCAUUGCCAAGGCUGGUAUCACAACCACCCUCAACUCAAGGUGCUCCGUUUUGGCAGCUGCAAAUUCAGUAUUCGGACGUUGGGAUGAUAGUAAAGGCGAUGCUAACAUUGAUUUCAUGCCCACGAUCUUGUCUCGCUUUGAUACCAUCUUUGUUGUCAAAGAUAUCCACGACAGUCUGAGGGAUGCUGUAAGUUGAGAUACCCAGUGUUUUGGACUUUAAUUUUAGGCCUUGGCAAAACAUGUUGUGGCUGUCCACAUGAAUGCUGAGCAUGAAACCCAGGAUGAUCCAGACGAGCUCUCCCUGGACUUCUUGAAAAGAUACAUAUACUACGCUCGGGCGACUUGUGCCCCUCGGCUAUCAGAAGAAUCCGCUCAAAAGCUGGGAAAACAUUACGUUCAGAUUAGAAAUCCUCCGGAAGAGAGGGGAAAGAGUAAUGUGAUCUCCAUCACUGUUCGGCAACUCGAGGCCAUCGUUCGACUGAGUGAAUCAUUAGCCAAAAUGGAACUUCUUCCAUUCGUUGAAAUGAGACAUGUCGAUGAGGCUCUUCGUCUCUUCAAUGUAUCAACUAUCGCUGCUGCUGCUAGUGGACAAUUGGCUGGGGCUGAAGGAUUCACCAGUAAACAGGAUGAGGAGACCUUUGCCAGGGUCGAAAAACAACUCAAGAAACAUUUUCUGGUGGGAACCCACGUCUCUGAACACAUGAUUGUCCAAGAAUUCGUCAGACAGAACUACUCCGAAUCCGUCAUCAAAAGAGUCAUUGAAUAUUUGAUAAAGCGAGGAGAGUUGCAGUACAGAAUGCAAAGAAAGUUGCUCUACCGUCUGAAAUAA